GGUCUCAGCCUUAUCGGUCCCGGCGAUUUCCUUCAACUUCCCUUACCAACUUCCCCUGUCGUCCUCGACACGCUAAUUCCCGAACAUCAACGUCGACGAUCAACAAGAUGGAUCCGAACGAACAGCCACCGCCGCCGUCGACGCCCGAUGCGCCGGACCAAGAAACGAUGGAGCAGAUCCGCCGGAGACGGCUGGCCAAGCUCGGCGGACCCCCGGCGUCAGCCGCAACAGGAACGGCGGGGUCGCCCAGCACUGAGACACCGUCCGGCUCGGGCGCCGCCUCGUCAAUACCCGCUCAAGAGAAGGCCGCGAUAAACGAGUCCGAGAAGCCCGUGCCGUCAGAGAUCCGCCCAAAAAUCAACAUCACUCCCGCCGCCUCCGCCGCCCCACAGACUGCCGGCAGUGCGGGCAGCAGCAGACCAGGUAGUAACAUCGAGAAGGAGCCUGGAGCGAAAAGACGAGCAUCAGAUGUUGACGGGCCCUCAGCGACGCCGCCGGCCCGGAAGCACACCCCGGUCGCUCAGGAGACGAUCGAGGACUACGGCGACCGGGUACUGUCGUCCAUCUUCCGCGUCACCCUCGACCCGAGCCGCGCGACGGACAGCCACGGACAUAAACUCACCUUCUUACCGAACUUGAGCCAGGAGCUGGCGGACGAGGGCGCGCCGCUCAAGCUGUCGGCCGGCCGCGUGGAGGAAGCGAUCAUGGAGGCGGCGACGGCGUGGCCUGCCGACCGGCCGCUGUUGGAUUACCUGCUGCCCUGCUGGAAGCGGGUGACUAGGACGCUUAAGGUGCUGCGUGCUCCCGCCCCGGAGAAGGAGGCGUUGCUGAAGGAGGCGCGGCGGUUGUGCUUCAGCAACUGCAUCUUUGCGCUGACGGUGCCCGAGCUGUUCAGUCGCGAGGCGAACCCACAGCACGAUUCAUUGGUGCCGUAUCUGUUGCACGAGGUCGAGAGUGAAAAUGGCCUGUGCAUGGACUUCUUUGCGGAGGCUGUGGCUCGCCUGGAUGAGGACGAGACUAUUGCCCCGCUGUUCACCAAGGCUAUGGCGGACAUCAGUAGCAAACUCGCUACCAUGUCCAUGAACGAUGAUUAUAAGCCUUGCGUCAACGCACUCUUAACAUACUCGAGAUUCCCGCCUCUGCUCAAUGCCUUGACACAGCAUCCGUGCUUCCAAAUGGCGCAGUCAGCACCCGGGAUCGAGAAGAACACCAUCCUCGGACCUUUCUUCAGGAUAUCCCCUCUCCAGCCAGAGGUGACCGCAGUGUAUUUUCCAGGGCCGAGGACGAUGGACAAAGGGCGCAUCAAGACAUCGCAGGAUGCUCUCCAGAUGUCCCUCGGGGCGCACCAGUCCGAUCUUAGGACGAUCGUCAACGCCUUCAUCCGCGCAAGUCCCGAGGCCCGAAACAAGGUGCUGGACUGGUUCGCCUACAUCAUGAACGUCAACCACAAGCGGCGCGCCAUGCAGGUCGACCACCGGGAGGUCUCGUCGGACGGCUUCAUGAUGAACGUGACUGUCAUCCUAGACUGUCUAUGCGAGCCCUUCAUGGACAGCACCUUCUCGAAAGUGGGCCGCAUCGAUGUCAACUACUUUAGGAGAAAUCCGAGGAUUGACAUCAAGGACGAGACGAAGCUGAACGCGGACCAGGCGCAGUCGGAUUCCUUCUACGCGAACAAGGUAGAUGGGGAGUCGAAUUUCAUCACGGAGGUCUUUUUCUUGACGCUCGCCGCGCACCACUACGGCAGCGAGGCGGCAAACGCCAAGAUGAAGACUCUCGACAGAGAGAUCAAGUAUUACGAGAAGAGCAUCGCCAUGAUGGAGGCAGAGCGCCACAAGCUUGCCAGUCGGCCCGAGCAGCUUGUGGUACUAGAAGCAGCUCUCAAGCGCCACACGAAUGUCCUGGAACGGGCCGUCGCCUUGAGGCUUUCCAUCGAGGGAGUCCUGCUCGAGCAGAAGAUGCAGACCCGAUCGCUGCAGUUUAUGCGGUAUGUGACGGUCUGGCUGCUAAGAGUAGCCAGCCAGACAGAGUACACUCCGGACAAGCCGCUGCGGCUUCCGCUGCCGGCAGACCAGCCCGACGCGUUCAAGUGCCUGCCGGAGUAUGCCCUGCAGGAUAUAGUGGACAACUUCAAGUUCGUCUUCCGCCAUCUUCCGCAGAUCAUUCUCACGGCGGCCGGCGACGAGAUGAUUGCACUCUGCAUCACCUUCCUGGAGUCGUCGGAAUAUGUCAAGAACCCCUAUCUGAAGUCGUCGCUCGUCACGCUGCUCUUCCAAGGGACGUGGCCCACAUAUCACCUUAAGAAGGGCGUAUUGGGCGAUCUCAUGACUAACACCAAGUUCGCCAACGACUACCUCCUGCAUGCGGUCAUGAAGUUUUACAUUGAGUGCGAGUCGACGGGCGCCCACACGCAGUUCUACGACAAGUUCAACAUACGGUACGAGAUCUUCCAGGUAAUUAAGUGUGUCUGGCCCAAUGACUUGUACCGGCAGCAGCUGGUUCAGUCGAGCAGAUCGAACCGGGCAUUCUUCGUCCGCUUCGUCAACCUGCUGAUGAACGACGCUACCUACGUGUUGGACGAAGGCUUGAGCAAGUUUCCCAAGAUCCACGACUUGCAGAUGAAGUUGAGGGACCCAAACAUGUCCCAACAGGACCGCGAGAAGACCGAGGAGGAGCUGCGCACUGCAGAGGGCCAAGCACAGUCCUACAUGCAACUGGCCAACGAAACAGUCAGCAUGAUGAAGCUCUUCACCACGACGCUCGGCGAGGCCUUCACCAUGCCCGAGAUCGUCCAGCGGCUGGCCGGUAUGCUCGACUACAACCUCGACAUCCUGACGGGGCCCAAGUCCAAGAUGCUGAAGGUCGAAAACCCGGAGAAGUACUUCUUCAACCCAAAAACGCUCCUCCCGGAGCUGGUCGACAUCUACAUCAACCUGGGCUCCUCCCAGGCCUUUGUCGAGGCUGUGGCCGCCGACGGCCGGUCCUACAAGCCGUCCACCAUGUCGGCGACCGCCCACAUCCUCCGCAGCAAGCACCUCAAGGACGAGCAGGACAUCCAGGCGUGGGAGGUGCUGGCGGCCCAGUUCGCGAGCGCAAAGGAGGCGCUAGACCGCUACGAGCUGGAGUACGACGACGUGCCCCCGGAGUUCGAGGAUCCCAUCAUGGGCAUCCUCAUGAACGAGCCCGUGAUCCUGCCGUCGAAGCAUGUCGUCGAUCGGUCGACGAUCGUGCAGCACUUGCUGAGCGACCCCAAGGACCCGUAUACCAGGCAGCCGAUGACGGUGGAUGAUGUCGUGCCCGAUGUGGAGCUCAAGGAGAGGAUUGAGGCGUGGAAGGCGGAGAAGAGGGCGAAAGCCAGGGCUGCGGAUGCCGAGGCUAUGGAUACAACUGAGUAAAGUAGGGUAACGGUUUGUGCACGGGUUAUUUGUACCUAGGGUAGGGUUGGGGUGUGUGUGUGUGCCUGGGUAGGAGGUGGGUUGAUGGUACUCGGAUUCCGGCUUUGGCAUCAUCAUGAUGGGAUAGAGAACUUCUUUUGCUUCGGGGUUGGGGUGUUAAGAUGGGAAAGGGGAGGCUGGAUUUUUGUAGUGUAGUAUUGCUUUUUAUCAUUGAUCCGAGAGACAUCGAAUCUGUGACGCCACGAUCAGUUAACGUAUUCAACAUGGAGGCCAGUGCCCGCCAGGAUACUUUAAAAAAAUGGGUCGGGUGUGCUGCGCGUUUAAUGUUUCCAAUAUCAAAUUUGGUUGUGGACGUCGUCCUUCCAUGGCAGGGUACCUCCCU